AUGUCCUGGUUGUCAUUUCUCAAAUCAAAGGAUUUCGAUCCUUCUUCAUUCGAAAAGGAACUCGCCAAUAUAUCAUCCAAAAUAUCCAAAAACCAACGAAGUAUAGGAUCGUUUAAAUAUCAAGAACGUCAAUCCAAAAGUUUUAUGAUCAUUUAUGGUUCAUUAUCAUAUUUAUUCAUAUUGUUAUAUUUCUUGGUUAAGAAUGGAUUACAAUUGAAUUUAUAUCACCAAAAAGAAAUUGCAUUAAUCAUUGGAACUCCGAUCUUAUUAAUAUCGGCAACUAAAACAAUCAUUUUCUAUUAUGCCAAAAGAAUAUCAAGAUUGGAAUCACAUAUUGAACAUUUGAAAUCUCAACAUGAAUCAAAGAUUGAAGAAUUGAAAAACAAGACAAAUUUCCAAUCAACUCAGGCUUUAUUAAACAGAUUUACAGAUGGGAAUGAUUUAAAUGCUCAAUUAGAUGAAGAAUUAUUAGCUAAACAACAACAAUUGGAAGAGAUUAAAAAACUUUCACUAGAGGGAAACAAUGAAGCUCAAAGAUUUAAUGCUUAUAGUCAGGCAGGCUCCUCAGGGAAACGUCAUUGGUAUGAUUCAAUAAUAGAUACAGUUGUUGGAGCUGAUGAAUUGAGUCCAAAUAAUAGAUUUGCUUUGAUUUGUAUCAAUUGUUCUUCACAUAAUGGACUAGCACCACCUGGAAUGAAGCCCGAGUAUGUAAAAUAUAUUUGUCCUCGUUGUGGAGUAUUGAAUGGGAAAGACCCUGAACCUGCACCACAAGUUAUUGUUGAGGAUGUUGAUGAAGAAACUACAAAUGAUUCAAAGAAGGAGCAGUAA